GUAACAUGUUUAUGUGCACUUAAAUUGCUUCGUUAAAGUGUGAUUAAGGCAAAAGUAUUUUUUAAUGUGCAUGUAAACGUACUGAGUGUGUACAGAUCACUGGUGUUUCACCCCCCACCCUCAGUCACAGUGUCGGUGUGCCACAGGGCUCUGUGCUUGGUCCUUUUCUUUUCAGCAUGUACGUCAAUGGAAUCCCAUGUUUCUUUCAGGAGAGGUCAAAACAAUCAUGUAAUGAUUUAUUUUGCCAGCUUUGGUGGCUCUGAAGGUGUAAAAUUAAUUAAUUAAUUAAUGAAACAUUUAUACAGUAUAACAUGGCUAUACAGUGUUUAAUAAAAUGCGCAGUUUGUUGCUACCAACACAGCAGAUAUUCCCCAAAACAUCCUAAUUUCAUCUCAUAUGUUCUUAGACUGACAUUAUAUUGUGUUACAAGGUGUUACAAACCAUUUAUUACUUGAUCCAGCUGAAUACUAAACUGUGUUAUCCCCUCUUCAGCCUCUAAUAGUUUACAUCUAGACGUGAACCCACCUGUUAUUUCACCACCAUAUGGAAGUUUAGGUCUGUUAGAGACAAUAUGAUCGCAUUAAAAAAAAAAGGUGUUAUUCUGCUAGUAAUAUGAUGACGAUGACUAGCAGAUGAGCCCAUCAGCAACGUUAAAAUCAGCCUAGAGAGCAGUUGAAUAACACACAACCAGAGAGACCUGCAGUGGGUGUUGAAGGCUGCGCGAUGCUUUGAAGUACACACAAACAGUCCAUUGGCACGCUGUGAGUUCAGCCACUUCCUCUGAUCAGAGUCAUCGGAAACAAAAGCGAGUCAACGAGAAGCAACUAGGGGAGAAAGAGAGCUAGAAAGUUUUUUUUUUCACAGACAGAGACAAAGGGAGAGACAUGGACACACCGAGGGCAGGUGUGUUUGUGCUGUUUGUGCUCGUGGUGCCUGUUUCUUGUGAAGGUUUUUUCACUGGGCCGGUGGUCUGCUACUUCCUGGAUGCCUUUCUGAUGCUUUACUGCAUCGUUGCCACGGCGUUGUUCUUCAGAGAGAAGUUUUCCGUCCGUUUCACCAUUGAUCAACCCGAUGAUAUUGGAGGCAUUUACCAGGAGCUUGAGAGACCAGGGGAUGAUGAUGCUUACCAGGUGCUUGAAACGUCCAGAGGAAGGGUACGUCCUCAUCCACUGAUAGACCUUGUAAUAAGGUUCACAUUGUCAACCUUGAUACUCAUUAUGCUUGUUUUCAUUUCUAGAAAAAGGGUGGAAAGAAAAAGAGGUCUCGGUCAAACCAAGCCCAGGGGAGGGAAAUGGACACCUAUGAGUCUGUGACUCCGAGCACCUCGGCUGCGACUGCAUUUCCACCUCCACCUCUGUCCCCCCGCUGAUGUCCCCCGCAUGUCAGCGUUGCUCACAUGACAAACUGAUGUCGUGCAGUCGAAGGUUUCAUCUAUUAAGCACAACAUUCGGUACAUUCGGUACUUUCUGUGGUUUCGGUUCCUCUUUUUCACUUUUCCGUGGUUGUAAACGACACAUGUAAGAGUUUUUCACUGUUGUUAUGAAAGGAUAUUUUGGCUUCAUUUUAUUUUAUUUGUGAAGAGCUGUUUUGAGAUUUUUUUAUAUAUAUAUAUAGAUUAAGUGAUUUUAAAUAAUCAGUAACUUAAAUGAACUCAAACGGCCAGGCUAAAUGAAACGUUUUUCAUGGAAAUAUUUUCCACAUUUGCUUUCCUUUUUUUUUUUUUGUAAAUUGAGGCCCUUUAUGCUAACUGCUUCAAGUUUGUAAAUGAUCACAUAUGCUGCAAAUUAUUUUCUUGAAAAAAAUAAUAAUGUUUUAUCUGCUCGAUUGACCAAAUAUGCACGUGUGUUCAAGGAUUUGCAUCAAUCAGACGUAACAUCAUGACCAACUGGUCAUAAUCAUAAAUGAAUGACGCCCAUCUCUUGGUGGGAUAUAUCAGGCAACAAAUGAACAUGUGUAAGAACAAAAAGUAGGUCAAGUUAUUUGAUGAAAGCAUCACUGACUGUGUGUUGUGUGUUUGUGUUGUUUACCUGGAUAACAAGCUGUAAGGUACUGGGAUAUAAGGAGCAUGAGUUGUUGUAGCCAUGGAUUUGUGCCACAAUGUUCAGGUGGUACAGACGCAGGUUUCCCAGGACGACAUCAUCAUAAUCAAUAUUAACGACGUCCCCAGCUGGUGGGUUUUAAUGUUUUGGCUGUUGAGUGUAGGUUUCCAGAAAGGAGCAAGCUAAAGGGAAGUGAAAACAGGGAUUCGAAUCAAGGGCCCCUUUCAGAGCCUGCUUCUCUACGCACGAGUCCCAGGUAGCCAGGAGCUAAAUCUUAAACCUUCGGACCCGUAGUCUGUAGUUUUAUCCGUUUCAACAAACGAUACAUUGUAUCAUGCAUUAAGCUGGAGGAAUGUUUCGGUGGUGACGACUCGUCAUAAUAAAACCCUUUGUGUUCACUGAAUCCCAAUUAAAGACAAAGCACAUUGUCAAAACACUUGGAAAAUGGUUUAAUGAUGUUUACAACAAAAGAGAACUGUACAUUUACAGUAAAAGAUUAUCUUUAUAUGUGUAUAAAAAACAAACGAAAAUACAGCAGACAAAUGCAUUAAAAUCUACUAUGUAUCCUGAUUCACAUACUUAAACUCCUACACAAUCUUUCAGUUCUAUGCCGCCAUGACUGGAGGCCAUGUUUUUUUUUUUCUUUUUUGAUUUUUUUAAUUAUUAUUAUCAGUAUUAUUAUUAUUAUUAUUAAUAAUAUUAUUAUUAUAUGUAGUCAGAUCGGAGCAGUCUCCCUCAGUGUUGUAUUCCACGAUGGAAACCAAAACUCUUUACAUUCGAGUCCUGGAAAGUCAAAUAAUAUCAGUCUGCAGAAUAAGAAAAAAAGGGAGAUAAAACAGGGACACAUUCCUUUAGAUGAGCCCAAGCUUCCAACGUGAAAUGUUUUACAGAAAUGCAUUUCUUGAGAUACACAGACAUAAUAUGUACACGGUUGGCUUUUUGUUAAUAUUAUUAUUUUUUUUUUCCUUUUCUUUGUUUUUUUUUUUCUCUGGAUGAAAGCCAUGGUCACUUGGGCUGUGAACUGAUAAAUCACACACACGACACACCCAAAAACAUACAAAAAUACUAUAUCUUAAACCUACCAAGAGUAAGACAGUUCUGCAAUUAGUUCCAUGCUGUGACAGAAAAAGGAGAUUACGAUAAAUGAGAAAACAGACGCUAGGUUUUUCUCAGAAAUAUACCAAAAUAUACAUCUAAGCUUUGGAAUUACUGAGGCUAGGACUAAAGCCAGUGCUGGGUUUGUCUCUUAAUACACAUGCUGCAGGGUGGAAGGGAGAGAGAGAGAGAGAAAAAAAUAUAUAUAACAGACGAGAGACACACAGGACAGAGAGAUAUCUUUGGUAUCUGCAUUUGUCAAAAGUUAAAUAUUUGGAUUUUUGCUUUGGGAUAGCGCUUUGCGAGGUCCCUACAACCUCACUCGGAGUAAAGCAUUAAACAAAGUGUCACUGAAGCCCGACGGCCAGAGGUCUGAGCCGGAGGGACACAGUCCAUGCAGAGAGGAGGACCGUGAUGCAUAGUGUCACAGCUGAUCAAGAGUCUGUAGUGAAGAGACGAUGUCAGAGGAGGAGGGGGGAGGAGGAGGAGGACACAGCAGUGAGUUUUAACGGCCGCAGGAUGUCAUGUCCUGGGACUACAGUGUACAGAUGAGGAGGAGGAGGAGGAGGAGACAGACGCACUGUGAGAGGCAGGAACAGCAUUUUCACCACAGCCCUUGAGAGAAACGGUGGUGAUGUUGGGGAGGAGGGGGGAGGUGGAGGAGGAGGAGGAAGAGGGGGGGGGGGGGGGGGGGGGGGGGCACAUCCUAGCAACAGCUCUCAAGACAGACAAACAUACAGAGUCCUGAGCAGGUACAGUGUGCACAGGAUUAACCCUCAGUGUGUAUUAACAAACAUCACCCAGCUACCACCACAUUGGUUCGUGUCAGUCGGAGAAGCUCGCUCAUGCCCACCCCCACCCCCUCCUCCACCACCGCCGCCACCACCUCCACCUCCGGCCUCCCCCACCCACCCACCCACCCCCGCCCACAGGCACUGAGACUCUUUACAGACGCACCGAGGACUCGGGUUGAGAGCGCGCAGCCGGGAUUUGAUGCUGAUCAGUGAGGCGGGGACAGGGGGGCGAGGGAGGGGAGGGGGGGGCGGCGUCGCUCAGAUACAAUCAAGUUAGUAAGUCUUUGGUUAAUGUUGGUACCGCAGGAGAGCGGGGCUGCGACAGCGCGCCGCCAUGAGGGAGAGGGAGACACGCACAUAUCUGUACCUUAUAUAUUUAUAUAUAUACACACACAUGUAUUUAAACAAAAUCAGGAUUGUCAAACUUAAAGAAGCGUUGGAGGGAGACACUAAAAGAAAAUUAGAUUUGGGGUUCAAGAAAAUGUAAAAAUGCACAAUUUAACAUUUGUUUUCCUGCACUUUGGCCACAGGGAACUUAUUACAUAAGACCAAAUUAGCAUAUUUUAAAACACUUGUUGGCUUGAGGCGUCUCCCCUGAAGUCUACUAAUCAUUGUGUGCAGCAUGAGAACAAACAGAAGACAUUCACCAGUACUCGUAUGUGCGCUGUCUCCCCCUAGUGGCGGCUUUUUUCCCCACAACCCUUCGCUAAGUACAGGUGUGAGCGGGCUUCUCCACUGACACAAGUUUGAGUUAUUCUUUGUCUUUUUCUUUUUUUUUUUAAUAAUUUUUUUUUAUUAUUAUUAUUUUAAAAGAUUUUCCUUAUUCCAUAAGUAGAUUAAAGCAGGUUUCACUCAGUACUGAGUUAGAAAUGAGGUAUACAACAGCUCCUUUUGUCUUACACGUCCAUAUUAAAAAACCAGCAAACCAGUGUGGUGGGUCAACAUACUACAACUUGGCUCACCUACUGAAGCGCUAAAAGCUCAGGCAGUGCCAAGUAGACAGUUCAGAGGAAUAAAAAGUUGAGACCAAACUGUAGUUUUUUUUUUACCAAAAAAAAAAAAAAUAAUAAA